AUGGCCAGCGAGCAGCAGCGGCUCGAGGACGAAGUGGACGCGGCGCUGGCCGCCGCCCAGCAGGAGCAGGCGCUGCGCUCGCGCGUGCAGGCCGUGGAGCUGCGGCGCCGGCCGUCGGACGACACGGACGGCGCCGAGAGCCACCGCUCGAGCCUCGUGUCGCACCACUCGCUGGCGUCGGCGCAGUCCGCGCCCGCCUCCGACUGGCUCUUGCGCGCGCGGAAGAACAACAGCGCGCGGCUCAAGUACCCGCCGAUCGGCGGCUUCGACGAGGACCGCAGCAGCCUCCCGACGCUCGACAGCUACCACGCGCCCGAGGAGGCGAGCAAGGCCGGCGACGCGUCCUUCGAUGUGUACUACGCGCCGCAGUCGCCCGCGCCCAGCACGGUGCACUCGGCGCCGCGCAUGCGCACCAAGAGCGGCGUGUCCCACGUGUCCGAGCGCAAGGGCGCGGUGCUGACCGAGUGCGAGAAGACGCCGCUGGACGCCAUGCACUACUUCAUGAACGGCGCGCCCCACGUGUCCAUCGAGGAGUCGCAGAAGUACACGUUCGCCAUCGUGCUCAAGCACACGGAGCAGAUUUUCCAUCUACUGAAGCGGCGCUUCCCGUCCAGGUCCGCGGCGUCCAUUAGGAGGGACCUGCCGCAGCAGGUGAGCGCGCUGCAGCAGAAGUGCGUGAGGAGAUUGAUCCAGGCCGGGCUCGGAGUGGUGCUGCUGGACAACGCGCUGUAUGAUAACUACUUGGAGGACCAGCGCGGCGUGCGCAGCAAACGCGACCCGAACAGCCAGGAAGAAGACGUGGCCAGGAACCUGUGCAUCUUGAUCGACCCCAAGAAGAACCCGGACUUGUUGCUGCACGAGUUCAAGCGUGAAUUGGACGAGCUGUCGAUCAAGCGCGGCGACGCGCUCGGCCGAUUGGCUGAGGAGUCGCUGGACUCGCUGAAAGAGAUGUGCUUCUCGCCGGCACUGGAGCUGCAGCUUACGCACAAUAUUAUCAAGAACGCGUUUAAGGACUACGACAAGGAGGAGUGGGUGAUCGACGUGAACAAGGAGCUCACUGUCAACGACAUUAUUGUCGAGUGCUUCCCACUGCACGACCGCGCGUUCAACAGGAAGUUUUUCGACGAGUAUCGCAAGCGGACGUUCGACUUGAACCUGCGCAAGGCUGCAGCGGGUAACAGUGAUCGAUGGGCAGUGGAGGAGUUGCGUCUGCACUUCGGAGAGCGCGUGGCGUUCCUGUUUGCGUUCAUGCACAUCUACACGAAGCAUCUGGUGCCGCUCACGGCGGCGUGUUUAUUCUACUACUUGUGUUUCCGCUUCACGACUACGCCGCUGUGGAAACAGUACGUGGAAGGAUUGGCAGUUAUUGGAGUUUUCGUGGUGUGUUUCUGGGGUCCGUCUUUCUUGGUGUGUUGGGCUCGUGAGACGCGCUUGCUUGUGGAGAAGUGGAAUCUGACCAAGUACAAGAACACUGUGUACGAGCGUAAUGAUGACAACCCGGGAUUCAAGUACACGUGGGUGAAGAAUCAGCUCACGCACGAGAUGGAGAAAAUCCCCAAGCAGCGCAAGAACCACUGGAUCCAGCUGACGAUGCUCUGCUUUGUGCUUGUGUGCGCUUUCAUCCAGUGCGUGUGUCUCGUGCCUUUCAUUCAGUGGUAUGUGUACGCCAAGAACGCACCGACUUGUGACGCAUGCAACGGCGAUAGUGAUGACGACUCGUAUGCGUGUAUCUGGUUCAUUACGUGCUUCAACUCGACCAAUUCUGCUCUGGGCACGGAUCGGUGGGUGUAUAUCCUGAUCCAGGGUAUUAUUCUGGGUUUGCUUAUUGAUAUCAUUUUCUUUGAGCUCUUCAACUGGAUGUCGGAGAAGUUCGUGAAGUGGGAAAACUACGCGAAGAAAUCGGACCACGAAAACCGGUUGAUCCACCGUCGAUUCGUCUUCGUGUGGAGUAAUUGGUUCUUCUGGUUCCUCUUUAUCUCGUUUGUCUACCUGCCGUUCGGUGAUACGAUCCUGAAGCUCUUCCACAAGAUUGGGCUUGGUGCACUGGCGCCAUACGACUGGAACCCAAAUCUUCUUACGCUCGACACACUGUUCGUUACUCCUCUAGUGGUCACGCAGUUCCUGAACAUGCUUUUGGAGACGAUCGCCCCGUAUCUGCUUCGCAAGCUUCGUGGUCGUCCCUCCAUCGGUUGUCGCCAGGCGUCCCCCUUUACGUGGUGCGUGCAACACCUGUCGCGGCGCUUCCGCUUUGCGAAGCAUCAGCGAGAGUCCACACAAGCCGCUACGGACUUUAGCUCACAGGGGACUGCAAGUGCUAUCAGCGGACAAAGUAAUCGUGCAGCCAAGGAUGACGGUGCAUCUGUCACCAACUUGACUUCGACUCGUCUAGCGCAAUUGGUGCAGAAGGACACGGGAUUCUUCGUGAAUGUGCUGCCCAUGUCGGACGACUCAAACAAGUACUCGGCGUAUGAAAUCCUGGCCGAAGUAAAGCUGCCGAUCUUCGACCCGGUGCUGGAUUACCUGGACGCGUGUAUCCAGUUCUCCUACGUGAUGAUGUUCACGGUGGUGUGGCCGCUGUUGCCGUUCCCUGCUUUCUUCAACAAUGUUCUGGAGGUGCGAGGUGAUGCGUUCCGCCUGCUGUUUGCAAACCGGAGGCCGAUGCCGCGACGUGAUACAUCGAUCGGCGAGUGGGCUACAGUGCUCGCGUACGCCAACAUUAUCGGUGUGACGGUUGUUUCAGCUUUCGUGGUGGUCUACCACUACGGAUACUUUCAAACGGACUGCAACUUCACGUUCAGCAACGCCUACAUGAUUCCAUUUGGUACGAUCGACCCGAACGACACGGCCGACCCGAGCGAGUGCGUAAACGAAAGUGACACGCCGAGCUGGCGAAUGUACCAGAUCGUGCUUUUCGUGGUGCUGGAGCACGUGAGCUUUUGCGUGCGCUACUUGGUGAUGCAGGUCGAGAAGACGCCCGCCUCCAUUCGAAGCUCUGGAUAUCUGCGACUCAAGCAGAUCCAGCACCUGACGGCCACCCCCGCUGCGCCGCCUUCGCAGCUCGAGUACGUGCAACGUCUGCGCGCCCUGUUCGAGAAGCACGAUGUAGACGGCGAUGGCCACCUGGCGGAACCCGAACUGAUCCAGCUUCUCGCCGCCUGGUUGUGCAAGCACCCGUCCGAGCUGCUGCCGUACUCCGGGCUCAUCUUCCGAUACAUGGACAAGAACAAGCUGGGCAAGGUGCCGUUCUCCACGUGCUGCCUCAUGAUGCAGCACGUGAAUCACGACCGCUUCUUCUCUUGUCUGCUGGGCCUGUACGACCCGCUGAACGGAGCCUACAACGACGAGAUCCGCCGUACGUGCGACCCCAUCGAGCUGCACCGCGUGCUGAGCGAGGUGUCAUCUGAAGCUCAGCAACGCCGCAGCAACAUGAGCCGAGCUUCUGAAGCCACCGACGCCUCGCGGCCGCGAGACUCGACCUUCUUCUACGUUGAAAACUAA